GUUGCUGUCAAGUCGUGCAGCCGUACUACAAUUGAAGAAAAGAUAAUUUGUCCAUGGGUAUAUAGCCGACAAAUAGAUGCGAGACUGAAAGUUUUAUUUAUUUAUUAUCUGUUCCCUGGGCGUAAAUAAAAUUGAAGUAAAAGUUUAAGUGUAAAUUUAAUUCUGUCACUGCAACAGGACAUGGAUAUACUGGACAUUGACGAAGCAUUAAAGGAUGAUUCAUAUAUUUUUCUCGCAGAUAAAACGAACGAUGACAUAUCGAACAUACUUCAGCAAUGGAAAACAAAUAAUCAAGAGCAGUCGCAGUCGCAGCAACCCACAAAUGAACAAGCAUACAAACUUAAUUCGAAGACGUUCACACGACCCAAACGCAGAUCACAGGCGGCAACAAGUCUGGAGACACAAUUUACGCAUUUGGCUCAAUCACAAAAUAACACGAUGGCCACUUCAAAUUCAGGAAUGCUCAGUCUUGAAAUUGGUGGACUUGUCACCAAUAUGCACAAAUCCUUUUUGCAGGACACCUCGCCACCAUCGUCCAUUUGCUCAUCGAUGAACAACGGUCACAUGAACAAUUCGCUUAUCACUUCCGCAGAUUUCACAAAUCUUAACUUUCUGCAAUCGAUCAACAGUAUGGAAACAAUCGAUGGCACUGGUAUAACGCACCACAAUUUGACAACGACGACAGCGCUGAUGAAUGAUGGAGGCUACACGCUUAGUGACAUGAUCAGAGAUCGCAAAGCUCUCGAAUCACUCAGCAUGUCCGGUGAUGGCACAUUAAUCAAGGAUUCGCAUAUUGGCCAGAUCGAUGACAUAUCGCUGACGACACUAAGUAAAACCACUUCGGCCUGCAGCACAAUGGACAACAGCACCGACAGCGUGUCAAUGUCAAAUGAACAGCAGAUGCUGGCACAAGUCAAAACGCAGCCGCCCUUGGGCAAAACGAUGGUGUUGUGCGAGGAGAUGAUUGGCGAUACCACAGUCAGCCUGGUGGAGAGUUUGACAUCGCCCACAACAGAAUUUCCUGGUGAGUGGGAGAAAAAUGCGACAUUUAAACGGCCAACGGCAGUACAGACUCCACUGCUAAAUGAGACACAGUUAUUGACGGGGCGAAAUGUGAACAACACCUUCUCAGAAGGAUGUCUAACCCCUGAGGCUGCACACUGCGAGACGCCAGAAAAUGUUGAGAAAAAAUUGUCAUCCAUACAUAUGCAAUCCACGCCAUUAACCACAACAAGCGCACGUGUUCAAAACUAUAACAACAAUAAUAAUCAUCAUAAGCAGUUUAACCAUACGCCGAAAAGUCAUGGCGAAAUAAUUAACAUAUCGCCAAUCGUGAGCACAACGCCACACAACAACUUCAAUAGCCGGCAACUGCUUAAUCAUACAUUUGAACCACUCACUGAAGUAUUUAAAGAAUUGCAGCUUGAUGGUGAACGCGAUGGUUUUGACAACCAAAAUUUUGUGCUAAGCAAAAUGGAACUGCUGGAACAAAUCGAGCAACCUUUGUUAGAUGCCACCUACAAUAUGUCCGUGGAAAAUAAGCAAAAUCAGUGCGUUGUGGAACUGGCGAAGGUAGAUGUAGAGUUCAUUGCACAGCAAGAUGAUGAAGAGCUGUUUGAGCACAUGCUUGCUGAGCUCGGGAAAGUAAACGUACUCAAUGCGGAGCAGCUGAAAAUGCAAAAAUCACUUGACAGCAUCAAGCGGCGUUUUCAAAAAGAUGAGGAGCAUACCACACAGGGUGAGCAGCAACAACCAGUCGAGGAUAUUGAUCAUGUAACGCCCACAUCGCCACAACUAGUGAGCACCCACAGUCAUAGCAAUAUCCAAUCCAGCGGUGAACGUUUGCUGAGUCGACGGAGUCGCCUAUAUGACGAUGUCAAUCUGAGCGCAAUGCAAAACAGUAAUGGCAGUACCGUCAGUUGCAAUUCAACAUCAUUUAUUGUUCAUCGACGGGAGGAAGAUCCGCCCAAUAUAUCGCAGGUUGGCACGUCAUUAGAGGAGACUGCGGAGCACGAGGUCGAUGUGCAGCAGCAGGUGGCUACAGACACAGAAUCUUCAGGCUAUAAGGUGGCCGGGCGUCGAAACAGAGAUCGCGAUCGCUUCAAGACAAUUAAAAUAACUGAGGAAAUGCGGGCUCGCAAUGAGCAGUUAAGCGACAUUAUAGUUCCUUGUAUUGAUGAUGAAAGGCACCAUCAUCAGACAUUGGGUACAGUAGAACAAGAUCAGGGACAACAAUCGCCACCUACGCGACUUUCACGUCAUGAUCAGACAUCGUUCAAUAAUAUGAACGAGUCAGCGCGCAAUGCCAAAGCUAGCAACAAUUACUUGACUUACAAAAAGCCUAAGGAGACAUCAUGGAUGGUGCGUCAACGACAGAAUCUUCCCGAAUCUGAUCAGAAUAAGUCAACACAGCCGCGUUCGCUGUCUCGACCACGUUAUAUCGGCGAUCUGCAAAAGCUCACCAGUGUGAGUAAGGCAGCAUCCGCUGGCGCUGGUCUGAAUGCAACCACAGCAGUUAACGUAACGACAACAGCGGCGGAAGUUGUGCCCACAUUUGGAGACUUCGGAGGGUUAACAAGUCCGAUGGGCAUUAAAUCGAAGUCGUUCCACAACCUUUCAUCCAACCUAGGCCACUAUGGGGGAGCUAGUGGGUGUACAACUGCAUUGGUAUCCCGACCCAGUGUUGGUGGAGCCAUAAGACGACCCAGCAUUCAGGCCAACAAGCUCAUCAGUGGACCAAAAGCCAUGCAAGAAAAGGAGGAUAAAAGUUCCGUAUUCAAAGUACCCAAGUCGAUCAGCGGUUUGCGUGCACCGUUGACAGCAGGUGCCAAGAGAGCCACAGCUAAUGGGCUUGCCCGUCCAUCGUCCGGUUUUUAUAGUCUGAGUGUGAAAGCAGCUGGGGAAUCCGAAACUCCUGAGAGCCUUUCUUCGGCAUCGUCGCGUUGCAGUCUGCAUUGUAAAGAUGUAAAACAAAAUGACCCGUUUGAUACACAUGCGCUUAGCUUGAAGCUGACACAAGUUACAACCGGUGCAACGGGCAUACCGAAACCAUCGGGUCUACGGCAGCCAACACAAAUGAAACGCAGUGGAUUACCGCGACCCUCUACCAUAGUGAGGCGUUGAGUCGAAUGAUACGACCAAAUAAAUUAAAAAUGUUUGAUUUGUAAUUACUCCCUUAACCUAAAGAUUUUUGCGUUUUGUGCUCGCUUUAAAUAUUUUUUGUACGUGUAUACUCCUCUUCCCUUACAUACUUUAUAUUAAAUGUUUUGCAACACUAUGUUAAAGAUAAGUAACAAUUACGAAUUUUGCAUUUAGUUGAAAGCAAAGUCAACUUAUGUGAACAAAACAUACCCUACACCGAAUCAAAAACACACUUUGCCUUAAUUGAAAAACAAAACCUCCAUGAAAAACCGUUUAUUAAAGAAACGGGAACUAUUGGUGUAUAUUUUUAUAAAUUAUGCUAAAGAACAAAUAACAAUUAUAUGAACGUUACUUGCUGUAGUUGAAAUCAAAUAAAUAUACAUACUAUAAUAUUUAUAACGCUAGAUUCAGCGUAGUGGCCAGACCACAUAAAAUAUGCAGUAAUUGAUUAUAUGUAACAAAAAAGCUCAUUCAAAAUAUUAAUAAUAAAGCAUGUUAAAAAUCUGAA